AAAAAAAACGGCUAAGGGACAAGGGGUAUUAACUUGUUGACACCUUUUAAAUAUUGUAAUCAAACUGCAUACAAAUAUACAUUAUCAUUUAAUAAGGUGGUUGGAAGUUUAAUACUAGUGUAUCUAAGGUAAGUCGGAAUUGAACACGAAUACUCCUACAUCCUUAAUCCAUUAAUCCUUAACCCCACCGUUAACACGGCACACUUGUAUUAAACGGCAUUUUAUCCACGAUUUUAUUUCACUCUCCGCGCCAUAUAACCUCUCUAUCUUCUACUCCUCUAUCACCUAUUUCUCUCUCUUCCUCCCUCAAACCGCCAUGAAUGGUCUGUCAACGAGCUUCAAUCUUCGGGUCUCAGCGCCCUCAAAUCGCUUCCUUUCCCCGCAAGAUUUCGCUCGCAGCCGGCGAACUCCUAGCUUUCUUCUAUGGCCAUCUCCGAAGCUUUGCCGGAGCUCCGGCGUCAUUUGCAUGGCUGAACCUUAUCUAAUUGCUAAGCUGGAAUCUGCUGAAAAGACGUGGAAAGAGUUGUCGGUCAAGCUUGGUGAUCCAGAUGUAGUCUCAAACCCAAGUGAAUACCAAAAACUAGCACAGUCUGUUUCAGAGCUUAAUGAGGUGGUCUCAACCUAUCGUAAAUUUAAGGAGUGUGAGAAGCAAUUAGAAGAUGCUAAAGCAUUAGCAAAAGAGGAAGGCAUGGAUGAAGAUAUGGAACAAAUGAUUGCAAGUGAAGUAGAAACUUUGAACAAUGAACUCAAAGAGCUUGAGGAGAGUAUAAAGAUGCUGCUUCUUCCUGCUGAUCCUCUUGAUGCUCGGAAUAUAUUGCUUGAAGUUAGGGCUGGUACAGGAGGCGAUGAAGCUGGAAUUUGGGUUGGUGAUCUUGUGCGCAUGUAUCAGAAGUACAGUGAGCGGAAUUCAUGGAAGUUUACACCAAUAUCAUAUUCAGAGGCUGAAAAAGGAGGAUUCAAAACAUUUGUGAUGGAGAUAAAAGGAAAACGUGUGUAUAGCAAAUUGAAAUACGAGUCUGGCGUGCACCGAGUUCAGCGUGUUCCUCUGACAGAAACCCAGGGUCGUGUGCACACUUCUACUGCAACUGUAGCCAUCAUGCCUGAGGUUGAUGAAGUCGAAGUAUUCAUUGAUCCCAAAGAUAUUGAACUUACAACAGCAAGAUCUGGAGGUGCUGGAGGUCAGAAUGUGAACAAGGUUGAAACAGCUGUGGACCUUGUCCACAAACCCACUGGAAUUCGUAUUUUCUGUACAGAAGAAAGGACACAACUUCGAAACAGAAGUCGUGCGAUGCAAUUAUUGAGAGCAAAAUUGUAUGAAAUCAAGUUGCGUGAGCAGCAAGAGGAGAUUAGAAAUCAGCGAAAGUUGCAGGUUGGAACUGGUGCUCGUGCUGAAAAAAUUCGAACAUAUAAUUAUAAGGAUAAUAGGGUGACAGACCACCGGUUAAAAAUGAACUUUGAGCUCACGUCUUUUCUGGAAGGCGAUAUAGAGACAGCUGUCCAGUCCUGUACAACUAUGGAACAGAAAGAGUUAUUAGAAGAACUUGCUGCUUCAGUAGGUGCAACAGCCAGCUAAAUGGACAAUUGCUCGAUUCCAAUGAGCGCUUUUGGUGAAUCAGAUUGAGUGGACAUGUGAUGUGCCCUUAAUGACAGUUGAGCCACUGUUGUGGGAUAAAGAGUAAUUCCGUUGAUUAUAACAUAAUAUCUCUUGUAAAUUUUGCUUGAAAGAUUAAAACAUUAUGUUGACCAAUAUUUGAAUUUUAUAGUAGUCUAUGCACUUUGUCAAAUAUUAAUUUUCCCAAUC